CGCAGCAGAGUAAAGAUGGCGGCUCCGGGGGAGCUGAGUCUCCUGGAGAACUUCCCGUCCAGGAUCAACCAGAUGGACGUUUUAAUGCUCCAGAGUCACUGGACCUUAAUCUUUAAGACUCCCGACGAGCCCCCGACCCUCCUCUUCACCCCCUCCCGCCCCGGGACUACCGGCAUUUUGCUGCGCGUCCACGCGCUCACGGCGGAGGAGGCGACGGGAUGCGCGGCGGACGAGCCGGGCGAGCCGGGCUCCGCUCCCCGGGUCCGGCUCUUCGCCAGCCGCCUCUUCAUGCGGCACCGCGGCGCCCCCGGCCCCGGCAGCGUCCGGGCCGCGAGGCCGGUGGAGCUGCAGCGGGUGGUGGUGGGGAGCCGCGGCGGAGCGGAGCCGCCGCUCAGCGGGCUGCGGCAGGCCUGCGGCCCGGGACGGUGGCUGCUGGGCCGGCAGGGGGAGCCGCUGCUGGUCGGAGAGCCGGGACAGGAGCUGCAGGAGCUGCUGGUGCUGGAGUGCAGCCCGGUGACCCAGGGCCGGAUCGGGGCCGGCACCUCGCUGGUCCUGACGGACUGGGCCUGGGCCGGCCCCCCGCCGCCCCCCCCCUGCCGGCCGCUCCGGCUGUGCGUGUCGGACUUCGCUCAGGACUGGGACGCUCUGUGCAGGGGACGCUCCCUCCUGGACGGCGGGGGUCCGGGCCCGCGGCGCCGCCCGGACUGCAGGGUGGAGGUGCGGGUGGCGGACGCCCGGCGGUGGUCCGGGCGGUCCGCGGGCCCCCGGGGGGACGCCCCGGACGUGGACAGCUGCGUGUUCGUGAGCAAGCAGCUGCUCCUCAGACUGGGGCUGUUCGACCGGGAGUGGGUGAGGCUGGGGGGGCCGGCCGAGACCCGCGGGGGGUCCCGGGCCCAGAUGGACCUCGGGGAGCGGCCGGCCGCCGUGCGGGCGGUGGAUCUGGGUCCAGACCUGCAGGCUCAGGACGACGUGGCCUUCAUAUCCAGCACCCUGUGGUUCAACCUGAGCGGGGGGGAGCUGGUCCCCCUGAGGGGCUGCUCGCUGAGGAUCAAGAGGUGGCGGUCUGGCGGCGCCGGCCGCUCGGACAGUGAGUGUCGCCGGGUUUGUCCUCCGGCUGCCGCGGAGCUCCACAUCCGGCCGGUGGUCUCUCUGCUCUACGACCAGCUGAGCCCCCCCGACCGCCUGCUGGCCCUCCACUUCCGCCGGCCCAGGCUGGUCUCGCAGGGAGACGUCCUCUCCGUCCCCGACCCGCUGGAGGAAGAUCCCCGGGCCCGGACCAGGUGCCCGGUCCGGUUCUUCAGGGUGGACAAGGUGUGUCCGUCGGCGGGAGGCGCGGGAGCGGCCGGAGCUCACCUGGCGGACUCGGACCACACGUCUCUGUACAGCGGCGGCUCCACCAGCAGUGCUGUCCCGUGCUGCUGUCCAGAGGGACGGUGUUCCUGGUCCUUCCUGUCCGCCGUGGGCCUGCUCAGACCGCUGGAGCUGCUCAGCAGCAUCAUCUGUCCUCACCUGCAGCACAGCAGCUCGCUGUCCUGCUGCACCGUCCUGCUCCACGGGCCGCCGGGCAGCGGCAAGACCGCCGUGGUGCGGGCGGCCAGCUGCAGGCUCCACCUCCACCUGCUGAAGGUGGAGUGUGUGAGUGUGUGUGCAGACACUCCAGCAGCCGCGGAGUCCAGGCUGCGGCGGGUGUUUGAGCGGGCCGCCGCCCUGCAGCCCUGCGUCCUGCUGCUGCGGAACCUGCCGGUCCUGACCCGGUCCAGAGGGGGCGGCGAGGAGGACGGCCGGGUGCGGGCCACCCUGGGCCUGCUGCUGCGCGGCGCCCCCCGCAGUGUGGUCGUCGUGGCGACGGCGCGUCGACCCCGUGACCUGUCGGCGGGCGUGGCGUCGGCGUUCGUCCACCAGAUGGCGCUGGAGAGCCUGAGCGAGGAGCAGCGGCACGCCGUCCUGCUGGGCCUGAGCCGAGAGCUGCGCCUGGGCCGAGACGUGAGCCUGGACAGACUGUCCGCUCUGAGCGCGGGGUUUGUUCUGGGGGAUCUGAGAGCCCUGCUGGUCCAGGCCGGCAGAGCCGCCUGCAGGAGACUGGUCCGGACCAGUGGUCUUCAGGUGCAGGACCGCCUGUGCUGCGGCGGGGUCACCGUCCUGAACCAGGACUUCCUCUCAGCCCUGGAGACGCUCCAGCAGGCCCAGUCCAAGGCCGUCGGAGCCCCGAAGAUUCCCAGGGUGCACUGGGACGACGUCGGGGGUCUGCGUCACGUGAGGAAGGAGAUCCUGGACACGGUCCAGCUGCCCCUGCAGCACCCCGAGCUCCUGGCUCUGGGUCUCAGCCGGACCGGGGUCCUGCUGUACGGACCGCCGGGGACGGGCAAGACCCUGCUGGCCAAAGCGGUGGCCACGGAGUGCGCCAUGACCUUCCUCAGUGUGAAAGGCCCUGAACUCAUCAACAUGUAUGUUGGUCAGAGUGAAGAAAACAUCAGAGAAGUGUUCCACAGAGCGCGCUCAGCAGCACCCUGCGUGGUUUUCUUCGAUGAGCUGGACUCUCUGGCUCCCAGCAGGGGGCAGAGCGGAGACUCUGGAGGAGUGAUGGACAGAGUCGUCUCUCAGCUGCUCGCUGAACUCGACGCUCUACACUGCUCUGCCGGCGUCUUCGUGAUCGGAGCCACAAACCGUCCAGACCUGCUGGACCAGUCCCUGCUGAGGCCCGGGAGGUUGGAUAAGCUGGUCUACGUUGGCGUCAGCCGGGACCGGCUGUCCCAGCUGCAGGUCCUCCAGGCCAUACUUCGAAAGUUCCAGCUGGACCCGGCGGUGGACCUGCAGGAGCUGGUGGACCGGUGUCCCGCCGAGGUGACGGGGGCCGAUCUGUACGCUCUGUGUUCAGACGCCAUGACCGCCGCCAUCAAGAGGAAGACGGCCCUCAUCGACCAGGGCCUGGACUGCGAGGACUCCCCCGUCCUCCUCACCCUCCAGGACUUCUCCUCCGCCCUGGAGAGCUUCCGGCCGUCCGUCUCCAGCCAGGAGCUGCUGCGAUACCGGAGCCUCCAGCAGAGGGUGGAGGCCUCGGCCGUCUGACGCCUCGCAUCCAGCCGCAGCUGCUCCUGUUGUGUUUCAUUUGUCUCAGAGGUUCAGUGUUUUCUGUGAUGAAUAUCAAGCAAAAUAAACCAGCAAAGGAGA